AUGUCCACGUCCAACGUCGCGCCGCAGCACCACAGCGACGCCCACCUGGCGCACCUGCACGCCGUGGGGGUGGCUCAGAGGCACGCGGAGCUGCAGCAGAGCGUGGGGCUCAAGAUCCUGCUGGGCGGCAUCGCCAACACCCUCUCCGCGGCGGCGACCAACCCCAUCGACGUGGUCAAAGUGCGACUGCAGCUGCAGGCGCUGGAGCUGACGGCCGUCACGUCCUCGGCGGCGGCGGCGGCGGCUGGCACGGUCGCGCCGACGCGGUACCUUGGCUUCGGCCACGGCCUCAAGACCAUCGUGCAGGAGGAGGGCUGGUACGGCCUGACCAAGGGCUGGCAGGCCUCGCUGCUGCGCGAGUUCAUGUACUCGGGCAUCCGCUUCGGCAUGUACGACCAGGUGAAGCAGUUCUACGAGGACAAGGUCUUCCACACGUCCCCGGCAGAGCACAGACGCACGCCGCUGUACAUCAAGCUGCUGUCCGGCGCCACGUCAGGGGGCAUCGGCAGCGCGCUCGUGAACCCCAUGGACCUCGUCAAGGUGCGCAUGCAGGCGGACCGCACGGGCACGCGCUACCUCAACAGCUUCACCUUCGCCUGCCGCAAGAUCUACCAGGAGGAGGGGCUCGUGCAGGGGUUCUACCGCGGCGUGGCGCCUACCACCUUCCGCGCCAUGGUCCUCACUGCGGCGCAGCUGCCCAGCUACGACCACAUGAAGGAGACGCUGCUGCACCACACGCCGCUGCAGGAGGGCGUCGCCGUGCACAUGAUCUGCAGCAUGUUCGCGGGCCUCACGGCUGCCACGGCGUCGUCCCCGCUGGACGUCAUGAAGACGCAGAUCAUGAACGAGACCAAGCUCGGCGGCAGGAACGUCAUGGGCCGCGCCUUCAUGCGCGUGCUGCGGACGGAGGGCAUCCCGGGCUUCUUCAAGGGCUGGCUCGCCAACUGGUUCCGGCUCGGCCCGCACACGAUCAUCUCCCUCAUGGCGUACGAGGAGCUGCGAGCCGCCAUGGGUAUCAACCCCGUGUAA